AUACCGUAAACAAAAAACAAACCAACAGAAAUGUGUUUCCUGUCCAACGAUAUCUACGACUACUACAACGUCGCUCAGGGUAAAGUCACUAUUCCCAAUGUCGAUGACGGUGAAGAAUGUUUGCUGAUGGACGAAGCUUUCAACGUCUUGGGUUUCACCCAGGAGGAGAAGGACAACAUCUACCGUAUCACCGCCGCCGUCAUGCACAUGGGUGGUAUGAAGUUCAAGCAGAAAGGUCGCGAAGAGCAGGCUGAAGCCGACGGUACCGAGGAGGGUGACCGCGUCGCCAAGCUGCUCGGUGUCGUUACGGAGGAUCUGUACAAGAACCUGCUGAAGCCCCGUAUCAAGGUCGGUGCCGAGUUCGUCACCAAGGGUCAGAACAAGGACCAGGUCACCAACGCCGUCGGUGCUCUCUGCAAGGGUAUCUUCGAUCGUGUCUUCAAGUGGCUGGUCAAGAAGUGUAACGAAACUCUGGACACCAAGCAGAAGCGUGCCCAGUUCAUUGGUGUACUGGAUAUUGCUGGUUUCGAGAUUUUCGACUUCAACGGCUUCGAACAGCUCUGUAUCAACUUCACCAAUGAGAAACUUCAGCAAUUCUUUAACCACCACAUGUUCAUCCUGGAGCAGGAGGAAUACCAGCGCGAGGGUAUUGAAUGGACCUUCAUCGAUUUCGGCAUGGAUCUGCAGCAGUGUAUCGAACUGAUUGAGAAGCCCAUGGGUAUCCUGUCCAUUCUUGAGGAAGAAUCUAUGUUCCCGAAGGCCACCGAUCAAACCUUUGCCGAGAAGCUGAUGACCAACCACUUGGGCAAGUCUGCCCCAUUCCAGAAACCGAAACCCCCGAAGCCAGGUUGCCAGGCUGCUCACUUUGCCAUCGGUCACUACGCUGGUGUUGUCUCGUACAACAUCACCGGAUGGCUUGAGAAGAAUAAGGAUCCCCUGAACGACACCGUCGUCGACCAGUUCAAGAAGGGUACGAAUCAGCUGGUGGUGGAGAUCUUCGCCGAUCAUCCCGGACAGUCCGCUGCUCCAGAUGCCGGUGGCGGCAAGGGUGGACGUGGUAAGAAGGGUGCCGGUUUCGCCACUGUCUCCUCGUCCUACAAGGAACAGCUGAACAACCUGAUGACCACGCUGAGGUCUACCCAACCUCACUUCGUCCGUUGUAUCAUUCCAAACGAAUUGAAACAGACCGGUCUCAUCGAUGCUCACUUGGUUAUGCACCAGCUGACCUGUAACGGUGUACUUGAAGGUAUCCGUAUUUGCCGUAAAGGUUUCCCCAACCGAAUGAUGUAUCCCGACUUCAAGCUGCGCUACCUUAUCUUGGCCCCUGCUGCCAUGCAGGCUGAAACCGAGGGAAAGAAGGCCGCCGAGAAAUGUUUCGAAGCUAUCGGUUUGGAUCCCGAUUCCUACCGUAUCGGUCACACCAAGGCGAGAAUCUAAACGUUUUCUAUAUUCGUUCAUCACCCUGUACCCCUGUUUCGUCUUUGUCCGACCACACCACAUCGUGAACCCAAUGUGAAUGCACCGAUGUCAAUGCAGAGCUACCACUGAACUACGGCAGAAGUAAUAGCGAAGGGAGUUACCAUAAGAUAUGAGCAAUAGUGGUAGCAGGGUUCUGCCUAGUUCGAAACUAGGUAGAAUUCGGUUGCGAUGUUGCUUAGUAUGAAUCGUUGGGGCAUAUCGAGCGGAAUGGCAGCUUAACAUUAAUUUCAAGGUUACUUGGGUUUCUUCUACCGGUAAACGUUGUGCAGUGAAAUCUUGGAAG